CCCGUCGCCCCGCAGCCCCCGGCGGGGCCCAGGCUGGAGCGAGCCCGGUCCCUCGAUGACAGGGGCUGGACGAGGCGGCGGCGGAUUCGAAGCGGCCACGAGGGCCUGGUGGCGCGGGAGGGGACCAGUCCCUCCAGGGACUCCGUGCAGGGUGAGGACCCCAGUCCCGCCACCCACGGCUGCACCGCGCCCUGCCUGAGCACCUCCUUGCCCGAGAUCCCCAAGUCUCGCAGGGCCCCGGUCAGCGAGGGAGGGAGCCGGUCCUCCUGGGGCAACUGUCUCCCUGGGACGGUGAGCGCCUCCCCGGACCUCCUGCGCAGAGACUCCGCCUCAGCCUCGGCGGGCAGCUCCCCGAGGCUGGCCAGCCUGCGUCCCCCUCGCCCGCCGCCGCCACUGAGCCUGAAUGUGGCCUCCGAGGCUCUGAGGACGGCCAGCAAGGUGGACUCAGAUCACGCCGACUACAAGCACCGCAUGCAGACCAGGCUGGUGUGGGCCUGCGGCGGCCUGGGCCCUAGCUGGCCCCGCAGCCCCCCGGCUAGCGAUGCCGGGUCCCUGUGCUCCACCAAAUGCUCCAGUCUCCUGGCACCCAUCCACACCAAGGACAUCCGGAGCAGGAGCUACCUGGAGGGGAGUCUCCUGGCCAACAGGGCGCUGCUGGGGGCGGAUGAGCUGGCCCAGUACUUCCCAGACAGGAGCGUGGCCCUCUUCGUGGCCACUUGGAACAUGCAGGGCCAGAAGGAGCUGCCACAAAGCCUGGAUGAGUUCCUGCUGCCCGCUGAGGCCGACUAUGCCCAGGACCUGUAUGUCGUUGGGGUCCAGGAGGGCUGCUCCAACAGGCGGGAGUGGGAGACACGUCUACAGGAGACGCUGGGCCCCCACUACAUCCUGCUGUCCUCGGCGGCCCAUGGGGUGCUCUACCUGUCCCUGUUCAUCCGCAGGGACCUCAUCUGGUUCUGCUCAGAGGUGGAGAGCUCUGCGGUGACCACGCGCAUCGUGUCUCAGAUCAAGACCAAGGGGGCCGUGGGCCUCAGCUUCACCUUCUUUGGAACCUCCUUCCUCUUCAUCACGUCUCACUUCACCUCUGGAGACGGGAAGGUGGAGGAGCGGCUGCUGGACUACACCAGGACCGUGCAAGACCUGGCGCUGCCCAGGGUCGUGCCGGACACCAACCCCUACCACUCCAGCGCAGCGGAUGUCACCACCCGGUUUGACGAGGUGUUCUGGUUUGGAGACUUCAACUUCCGCCUGAGUGCCAGGCGUGAGGCCGUGGAGGCCAUCCUGCAGCAAGGCCCGGAGGCGGACGUGCCUGCGCUGCUGCGGCAGGACCAGCUGGCCCGGGAAAUGAAGAAAGGGUCUGUCUUCAAGGGCUUCCAAGAGCCGGACAUCCACUUCCUACCGACGUACAAGUUUGACAUUGGGAAGGACACCUACGACAGCACCUCCAAGCAGAGGACCCCCUCCUAUACGGACCGGGUCUUAUACAAAAGCCGCCACAAGGGUGACAUCUGUCCUCUGAAGUACUCUUCCUGCCCUGGGAUCAAGACCUCCGACCACCGCCCCGUGUACGGCCUGUUCCGGGUGCAAGUGAGGCCUGGGCGAGACAACAUUCCCCUAGCUGCCGGCAAGUUUGACCGAGAACUGUACUUAAUAGGAAUUAAAAGACGGAUCUCGAAAGAAACUCAGAGACAGCAAGUGCUGAAGAAUCAGAUCUCCAGCGCUAUUUGUACCGUUUCUUGAAGUUGGCUGAAGGAGGACCUUCCGACUGCAGCAGGGAGGUGCCUGACACGACGGGCCGUGUGCGCUCGGGGGGCAGUGAGCCCCAGGAUCCUGAGGAAGCCCUCCCCACCCGAGGGGCUGUCCUGCUUUCUCACCACGAAAGCCCGAGGAUGGCAGGGGGCUGUGGCGGGACAGGAAGGAAGCUGCCUUCCUCGUCCCUGAGCAAGCCACCCGCCCGUGACAUGUCCCCAUGUGCACUGGCAGAGAGAGCCUGGACCCCACACAAAGCGUCACACCUCCAGCCACACUCGGGCAUCUGUCAGGUUGGCCUUGAGCAGUGCCACGCUCUGGGGCAGCAGCAGGUCCCCACACUUCCUCUCUCUGCUGCCUUUGCUCAUGUCUCCACACCCAGAGCUGGCGUUUCCAGAUCCACACCCUCCUGGCAGCCCCUCAGGCACACAGAGGGUCCUUCCACACCACAGGAGUCUGGGGUCUCAGACCCCUCUCUGGGCAUGCCCCAGAGCCCAGCUCAGGCGGAGGCGCCAUCCAGAGGCUGAACUUCCGGGAUGUGACGCAGUGGCCAGCACCCGUCUGGGGGGCUCGCUGCCCUUCCCCCUUCCUCCAUAGGCCAGGGCCUGUGUGUGGAAACAGGUCAUGGUUUUGGUGAUUUCGCAUCAGUUGCUUCUAGUAACGUCAGCCUCAGAACGACAUUACUGGAAGUGGAGUGUUGUGGCCUGAGAAACCGGUGUGGGCUGCGCGCGUCACCCGCUUGCCUGCUGGGCCAGCGCCAGCGCCACCACCGAGCUCCGGUCUCCUCCCGUCUGGCGGAGGCUUCAGAGCUCACUAUUGUUCUUUGCACCUUAUCCCGUCUCUUAAAAAAAAUGCAGACUUUGAAUGUGUAAAAGUCCAGUAACAUCCAAUCUCGUCUUUUAAAUUAUUUUUCCAUAUUUAUAUUUUUAAAUAAAUGCAUAUGUUGAAUCUUAAACUCUCUUUCUGGCCAGAGACUGGCUCUUGGAAAGAAACCACCUGUACACAUGCCCUGUUCCUAUUAAAAAGGUCCGUGAAAUUCA